GUUCCAGCAGCCUGGACGGGCGACGCCGGGUGACCGAAGCGCGAGAGUUAAGCGGGUGGGAAGGUGUGAGCCGCAAAGCCAGAGGAGAGCGGGAAGGAGGAAGAGGAGGCGCCGGGGUGGUCAGGGAGCCUGGGGGUUCUGCCAGCAGAGGUUCCUCGGCCACCGGACUGACUGACGGGCUGACUGCCUGCGGCGGCCUCCGGUCCGGACGCUUGGAACGGUGCGGCGCGGUGAGCGGAGCCAUGGCCUCCGGUGGAUAUAACCCAUAUAUUGAGAUAAUUGAACAACCCAGGCAGAGAGGAAUGCGUUUUCGAUACAAAUGUGAAGGACGAUCAGCAGGCAGCAUUCCAGGGGAGCACAGCACAGACAAUAACCGAACAUACCCAUCCAUCCAGAUUAUGAACUACUAUGGAAAAGGAAAAGUGAGAAUUACAUUAGUAACAAAGAACGACCCAUAUAAACCUCAUCCUCAUGAUUUAGUAGGAAAAGACUGCAGAGAUGGCUACUAUGAAGCAGAAUUUGGACAAGAACGCAGACCUUUGUUUUUUCAAAAUUUGGGUAUUCGCUGUGUAAAAAAAAAGGAAGUCAAAGAAGCUAUUAUUUCAAGAAUAAGAGCAGGAAUCAAUCCUUUCAGUGUCCCUGAACAACAGCUGCUUGAUAUUGAAGAUUGCGACCUCAAUGUGGUGAGAUUAUGUUUUCAAGUUUUCCUCCCUGAUGAACAUGGUAAUUUGACAACUGCUCUACCUCCUCUGGUCUCUAACCCAAUUUAUGACAACCGUGCUCCUAAUACUGCAGAAUUAAGGAUUUGUCGUGUGAACAAGAACUGUGGAAGUGUCAGAGGAGGAGAUGAAAUAUUUCUACUCUGUGAUAAAGUUCAGAAAGAUGACAUAGAAGUUCGGUUUGUGUUGAACGAUUGGGAAGCAAAAGGUAUCUUUUCACAAGCUGAUGUACACCGUCAAGUAGCCAUUGUUUUCAAGACUCCACCGUAUUGCAAAGCAAUAACGGAACCUGUAACAGUAAAAAUGCAGUUGCGGAGACCUUCUGACCAGGAAGUCAGUGAAUCUAUGGAUUUUAGAUAUCUGCCGGAUGAAAAAGAUACAUAUGGCAAUAAAGCAAAGAAGCAAAAAACAAGUCUACUCUUCCAGAAACUGUGGCAGGAUUGUGGAGUUACUUUUCCUGAAAGACCUAGACCUAGCCCCCUAGGAUCAACUGGAGAAGGAAGAUUCAUCAAAAAAGAAUCAAACUUGUUUUCUCAUGGUGCAGUUCUGACAGAAACAUCCAGGCCAGUUUCAAGUCAAGCAGAAUCCUACUAUUCCUCAUCUGUGUCCAUCUCAAGUGCAUUGUCACAUCAUGCUUCACCCAUACCACCAGUGGUACCUCAGCCUUCUUCAAGCUGGUCAUCAGUGGCCCACUCCACCUCACGCUCAGUGAAUACAAAUUCACUGAGCAGUUUUUCAACAGGGGCACUUUCCUCUAAUUCACAAGUUAUCUCACCAUUCCUGGAUAUGUCUGUGAGUGAUCUGAAUGCUUCUAGUACCUGCAUUUAUAACAAUACUAAUGACAUAGGCAGAAUGGAAGCAUCAUCCGUGUCACCAGCUGACUUAUAUGGUAUUUCUGAUGCCAGCAUGCUGCCUAAUUGCCCUGUGAAUAUGAUACCGCCCAGUAAUGACACCAUGAGGGAGACUGAUAAUCCGAGACUUGUGAGCAUGAAUCUUGAAAACCCUUCCUGUAAUUCAUUUUUAGACCCAAGAGACUUGAGACAGCUCCAUCAGAUGUCCUCUUCCAGUAUGUCAGCAGUCGCCAGUUCCAGUACUACUGCUUUUGUCGCACAAUCAGAGGCAUUUGAGGGAUCUGACUUUACUUGUGCAGAUAACAGUAUGAUAAAUGAGUCAGGACCAUCAAACGGUACUAAUCCAAACAGUCAUAGUUUUGUUCAAAAUAGUCAGUAUUCAGGUAUUGGCACUAUGCAAAAUGAGCAACUGAGUGACUCAUUUGCACUUGGAUUUUUUCCAAGGUAACUUGUAAUGUUUAAAUUGUGAGCAAGAAUUAAGUCUAAGGUUUGCAACCAUUUUGAUAUUCCGUAUAUAGAUUCUGUGUUCGAUAUUUCUCUGAAACUAUAACACAAGGAUCAACUGUAAUUAUAACUUUAGGUAUGUAGGGGAUUCCUCUAAGUCUUGGCUUGGGAGCUUCUCAUUUUGCUGGCAGAAUUUGUUGGGAUAUAAUGAAAGAUGAAUGCUCAGUGCUUAAAGCUGCAGCUGAAAGAGGGAUGAACUCAUUCCCCAACUUCACGAAGAGCUAGGAAAAGUCCAGCACUUACAGAUGACUUAUGCUUUAAAAGUAGAUAAUCCACACAGACUGAACUUCUAGGCUAUGAUGCAUUGUGAAAUCCUACAUGCAAAGAAUGUUUAUUUAAACUAGUACAUAUUUCAGCCCAGGUUAAAUUAUGUGACCAUAGAAAGUGUAUGAUGAAUCUGUGACAUGUUAAAUAUUGAAUAAAAUCAGUUUCUCCAUUAAAAAAAAACAAUUUUGAGUAUGUAGAAUACAAGUUGGAAACUGUCAUAAAAGAAAAAUUCUCAAAUAGUCAUUUAAAAGGGCUUUAGUAUGGGGGAGGGUAUAGCUCACUGGUAGAGUGCAUGCUUAGCAUGCACGAGGUCCUGAGUUCAAUCCCCAGUACCUCCAUUAAAAUAAAUAGAUAAAUAAAUAAACCUAACCCCCCCAGAAAAAAAACCUAAAAAUAAAUAAAUAAAUAAAAGUUUUACUGUUUCUUCUUUUGAAACACGUGACCUGACACUGUGUGUGGUGGGAAUUCUGUCUUGAGAGUCCUGCCGCAUUUUCCCAGGACAGACUUAGGAGAACAUUAAAGCAAGGCUCCAGGUUCUGCAGAUACACUUUUAAGAAAAAAUUUUUUUAGUUCUUUUUUAUUGAAGUGUAGUCGAUUCACAAUGUUAGUCUGAGGUGCAGCAAAACAAUUCAGUUGUACAUAUACAUAGAUUUUUUUUUCA